CAAAGGUGUUUGUUUUUAAAACUGCUGGACCUAACCUAUAACUCAUAAUUUAGAUUUAGGAAUUUCAAACAAUUUAUUAAUUAGUACACCAAGAGUUUCGUAAUCUGUGUAAUACACGUUAGCUAAACAACCGGUAUCAAAUUGUACAAACAAAUGUUCAUUAACUGAUAACCCCAACAAGAAUUCCAUUGAAUACGGUUCAAGCACUGUUUUAAACAUGUCUUUUGCUUUACAACAACAGAAAAUGUUUCCGGCAAAUCACAAAACUGUGUUUGUUUUGGAUCAUACGCCCUAUUUCGGUAUAUCGUGUGAAAACGUGCUGGAAUUCGAAUUUAUGAAGGGUAGGACUCCCAGUUUCAUACCUAUGACCCCUAUUUCCAAAACUCUGUGGACUUCCAGCUUGGAAAGUGCUAUAGAAUACUGUCGAAUCGUUUGGGACUUGUUUCCCACGGGCAAAUUAGUCCGCUUCUUUGCAAGUGACAGUAUUGCUCAUAUUAUAAACACUUGGAGCACUUCACAACAGUCUUUAAAUCACAUUAUGAAUGGAUGUGCAUUAUUGGGUGUUCCUCCGGCUCAUCACUCACUUCGAGAUGUUCCACCCCCAGAUUACACAGUUCUGCACGGUUUAAGAGCAGCUCUAGAGGUUGUUUGUGAACCGACUGAUUAUCAACUAGAAAUAUCUAAAUUUAUUGGAGGGCCUGUAAUCAACAGGUGUCGAGUAAUUUGUAUCACUUCAGCUCGAGAUAAUGAGAGUAUGAAUCGAUUGGAGGAAAUAUUUUUGAAAGUUCUGAACCAGCAGAAUAGUAAUGUUUCGGGAAAGGACAAGUUGCUGCCUAUCAAUCAUUGCCAUUUGGUAAUCAUAAACACUUUCCCAGUUACUAUUGAAUCUUCUGUGACUAACCAUGCGCCAAAGAAUCUCUCGCCGCUGCUAACUACCGAAGUCCAUUCAAUAAAUGCCCCCUUAAUACCCAAUAAGCUAUCUUCUCUUAUUCUGGAGCAUUAUGAUUUGGCCAGUACCACAGUGACAGGCAUACCCAUGAAGGAAGAGCAAAGCGCAAGUUCUUCAGCGAACUAUGAUGUGGAAAUAUUCCAUGCUAGCUCAGCCCAUACCGCAAUUUUGAAGGGUAAUCCAGCUGAUUCUGCAGCCAUCCGAACUGUGAAGGAGGGUUUAGAAUACGAAACUGUUACUCUGAAAUGGUGCACUCCUCGAGGCGUGACAGGCAAUGAACUCCAAAACUGCACUGCAAUGCAUCGGAUUACACCUGUGGAUGUAAACUCUAGACCAUCUCUGUGCCUGAUCAAUUUUCUCCUGAAUGGCAGAUCUGUUAUGUUGGAGAUGCCUCGCAAAGCGGGAGGAAAAAUUACUAGUCAUCUACUAGCUGCCCAUGGAGGAGAGAUAUUUGUGCAUACUCUAUGUACAGCUCGCUCGGUUUUGGAGGAUCCUCCAUCGAUUUCCGAAGGCUGCGGUGGUAGAGUAACUGAUUACAGGAUUCCAGACUUCGGGUUGCUAAUAAAACAGAACACGCUCUUGCCAAUUAAAGCGAAAUCAAGUGGCGAACGCCUGAAACCAUUGCAUAGGGUGAAAGAUCGCUUGUUCAGAACAACUAAAUAUUGGCCAUUGACAAUCACUUCAACCUUAUUAUUUAAUCUGAAACAGUAUAUUGAUCCUGUACCGGCUCUCAUCGUUAAAGAUGAAAUGUUAGAUGAGGACAUGUAUACGUGCAAAAAAGUGUUUUGCAAUCUCGUUGCAUUGGAAGCAAGCAUGGAACCACUACAUCCCCAGAAUUCCGGGCAACGAAUGAAAGGGCAAAAGAGAGAGGAGCAAUAUAAGGCCAUGUGGAACGAGCUUGAACUUUUUAUAAGGUGCAAUAUUCAUUCCAAAAAACAUAAAAUGGUUUAUGACUGUUUGUGCGAAUUACAUACAUUUAAUUUUGACGAAGACAAAGCAAACGGAAAGCAACCAAAAGACUUGAAUGAGACAAGAAAUCAACUUGAAAAUAUUGGACCAACAAAAGACGAAAACACUCAAAGAGCUUCCGUGAUUAGAGCCACUACAGAUAGCCCCAUGUCGCCUCCGCCUCUGACUAAUUUAACCCCUCCGUUUUCUCGGCAAAAUUCCAGCAAAGGAUCCAUGUACAACAAUCACAGAACAUUAUACGAGAUAUUCGCCAAUAUGGCUGAAAAGAGCAAGACUAGGCCUGACUUUGCAGGCCGCCAAGGAGAUAGCUUAGUUGCUAAACUGUAUCCCAAUCUGAAAAGCGAUGAUAGGGGCCCUAGAAGUGAUGCCUCAAAGGAAAUGGAAUAAGGAUAAUGUACUGUAUUAAGCAUACACACGUGGAAAAAUGGUAUUCUCUUAUAAGAAAUUAUUCAUCAAAGGGCUGUUGCUGCUAUCAACAUUUCUUUCCAACCCGGUUGAUUAAAAUCUAAUGACAUUUUAUAUUUAUUAUAAAAACCGUUAAUAAAAUGGCGUUCUCACGGA